AUGUCCCGCAGUGCAGGCGCCUCCAGCUCAGCCCUAAAACGCGGGCCCCCUUCCUCAUUUGAAGGACUUGAGGACGAGACGAGCAAGAAGCGGUUCAAAGAGGAUUUGGGAAAUGAGCCAGAUAGCGAAAAGCCUGUUGCUAAACCAUAUUUUGAGGCCCUAGCAGAGGAUCUUGCUCAAGAACUUCAAUGCGGUUGUUGCACUGAGCUAGUGUACCGACCAGUAGUUGUGUCUCCUUGUCAGCACUUCUUCUGUGGCAGCUGCUGCGUUUUGUGGAUUCGUAACGGAGGUACGAAUUGCCCUGCAUGUCGAGGAGUAUCUACUAUCGUUACACCAUCACGUCCUCUGCAAUCGAUCGUCGAUAUUCUUUUGCGUGCCGAUCCUUCACGAGAACGCACUGAACGAGAACGGAUUCAAGCGGAUGAGGUAUACAAGGCUGGAUGUUCUAUGAGGAUCCCGACACCACGAGAAGCGUCACCGGAACCCAACCUAAAUCAAAAUGUGGAUUAUGUCCGCCCUUGUCCUCAUUGUGCGCCUGAUAAUGCAUUUGGUUGGAGGUGCCCUCAACCUGUCAUCGAUUACGGCGUUGACCCAGAGCGUGCGUGGCAUUUGGAUGACGGUAAUCCGCCUGGUCAUGCGUUUUGUGGAAACUGCGAAAAUCUUCUCGCCUUGCGCGCUCCCUCCACAACAAAAUGUGAUCUAUGUCAGGUCUCAUUUUGCGGCGUUGGUGUACCAGGGCGUUGCUUGGCAGCACCUCUGUUAUCUCAGCACCCUCACAAUAUGUCUGACCUCGGUGAUCUCAUCCAAUCAUCCGAAGUCUAUGGAUGUUUCGAUCAUAAUACCGUUGAGGUCGACAUUAUGCUUGAUUACCUGACCGCUCAAGAAAUUUCUCCUCGGCAUAUCUAUCGCGAGGUUGCAUCACACAUCCUCUCCCAGCCUAACGGUUUCCGUCCCCUGAUAGAGCUCGACUUGUUCAUAGAUAUCCACAGCGUGACCGCUGGGAUUGAUGAAAAUCCAGACGCGCCGAGAAACAGGCUAUGCAGACAAUGCGCUACAGAAGUCAUGCUCUGGGGUCUUAAGGACUGGUGGAUACGAGAAAGGCAGAAGGGUUUUCUCGCAGAAACUGUGACUCGUCGACCUGAUUGUAAGGAAGGCCCCUCCUGCAGCAGACAGAAAGAUCUCGGUGAGUGA